UUUCACAGCAUGGCUGUUUUGUAAACAGUGCUAUGACAGCAAUGAUAGUUUGAUACCAGAAAGUGCAAAAAGCGGAAUCUGACGUCUACAGCGAGAGAAAUGCGUAGUGCCGCAUAUUAAUACGGUUUGCCAUUUAUUGUCGGUCACUGAAUUUGGUGUUUGUAACAUAAAGUAAUUAUUUUUUCGUGAAACAUACAUCGAGUUUGAUUAUACAUUGUUAGUAUCGGGGCGCAGUCCUGAAUGAAAGUUGAAUAAAAAAGUUAUUCCUUUCUUCAGGCAUUAACCUCUAUUUUCAAAGGAGCGCUGGAAUAACAAACUGUUUUGAAUUCAAGGUAUACUCGAGGACGAAGUUACGUGUUGCAGGUACCAUAUCCAUGGCGCGCUCGAGACACGAUAGUACUGGGUCCACGCCUGUGGAACAGUACCGUAAGCAGAUAGCAAGACAAGACUCCAAAAAGAGCAAGGAGAUAAUGAGAGAGACAAAGCACAGGGCAGAAAAGAAGGAAAAUGCCCCUGCACAGUAUAAGGAGGUGAGCAUCAUGGUUGGAGCUAUGUUGGCACUAUGUGCCUGUGUAUACUGCAUUUUUUAUGCUUUGCUUGCUGAUCGUUCACAUUAAGAACAAUAGUACUACACCGCACUAUAUGCUUAGUCUGAAAAAUGAUUGAUUCCUUGCUUUUAUACUUUAAGAAUAACAAGUUUACAUUUAUAAGACUAAAGUCUCCAAUUACACAGGUGUUAAGUAUCAAAUGAGUGUUUUUAUGACACCUUGACAUAUUGAAAUAAUGGAAAAUAACGUGAAAUCUAUGAUCUCAUUUGGUAUUUUCUGUAUAAAUACUUCAUAAAAUAUUUGUUAUUUGGAUUUUCUUAUAGUGGAAUUAAGUACUGUAAUUUGUUGGGAAAGAGACUGAUUAUACAUUACCAUAAGGA